AGACUGAGGGAGUGAAAGCUAGGUCUUCUGACUCAAGAGUGCUGAGCUGUAAAAUGUUACCAUAAACAGACGCAGGAAACGAUUUAAAACGCGUUUUGUCCGGCGGUGGCAGUGAAGAACGUCUGUGAACAGCCGCAGCCUCAGACCGUGUGAUUGGUUUUCUGUUUCGUCAGGCGAUGGUGCGGCCUGUGUGGGCGGUGCUGCGUAGAGUGUACUGCCAGGCUGUCGCUGCACAGCUGAAACCUAACGUGCUUGUUAGCGUGACAGCACCGGGACUGUUGGAAAGUGCCGGGUUUUCAAACAGAAUCAACAGCAGCAGAACGUUUACCAGUGAGACCAGACACCUGUCAUCUGCAGCCAGGAUGCCUGAGAUAACCACGGAUCACCUGGACGAGAAGCAGGUGCAGCUGCUGGCUGAAAUGUGUAUCCUCAUCGACGAGAACGACAACAAGAUCGGAGCUGAUACCAAGAAAAACUGCCACCUUAACUCCAAUAUUGACAAAGGGUUGUUGCACAGAGCUUUUAGCGUCUUCAUUUUCAACCAUGAAGAGAAGCUGCUCUUACAACAGCGAUCUGAUGCCAAAAUCACUUUCCCAGGCUGCUUCACAAACACAUGCUGCAGUCAUCCCUUGCACACAGACAGCGAGCUGGAGGAGAAGGAUGCAAUAGGAGUGAGGAGAGCUGCUCAGAGGAGACUCAAAGCUGAACUGGGCAUCCCCAUGGAUCAGGUGACUCCAGACGAAAUGACAUACCUCACAAGAAUCCACUACAAGGCUCAGUCAGACGGUGUUUGGGGAGAACACGAGAUCGACUACAUCCUCUUCAUGCAGAAGGACGUGGAGUUGAGUCCAGACACCAACGAGAUCAAAAGCUACUGUUAUGUGAGCAAAGAGGAGCUGAGGGAGAUGCUGGACAAGGGCAAGCGCAAGGAGCUGGAGAUCACACCCUGGUUCAGCCUCAUUGCAGAAACCUUCCUCUUCCAGUGGUGGGACAACCUGCAGAACCUUAAACAGUUCAUGGAUCACGACAACAUCCACCGCAUGUAACCGCAACCAGGCUCACGCUCUACCUGCUCUCCUUCCACACCUGAGGAUUUCACAGCACUCGCAUGACAUACGAGCACAGCCAGCGCGCCACUAUAGACCUCUGACUUCUAGAUGUGGAAAUAUAGUAUCACUGGCUUAAGAUAGUAGUGUGUGAGAGGUUUCUACACUAGCAGAGAAUGUUUUAGUCUUAGUUAACCGCUCUGAGGUGUUUAUCAGCACAGGAGAGGAAGUAGCACAUCAGGUAAUAAACACUGUAAGGAUUCACAGAUGAAACAAACAUCUGACAUUUUAGCAGGAAUAAGUCUAUUUUUAUACUUUAAGUGCCUAAGUACAGGUUUGUAGGCUGAGGUGAAUUGUCAGGAUGACAACUAACACUGAAUUGUGUCGAUAAUCAAUGAACAGGCUGUAGCUUUGUACUCUUUUACACAAUAAAUAUUGGAUCGUGGUCACUGGCAGUCGACGGCUGAAUUCUCAUCACACAUCAGAGACAUUUUCACUCUGAGUUAGUCACAGCAUUUCAGACAAAAUAUAGGAAAAAGGCACCCAUUUAUCAAUAUCUUUUGUCUUGAAAUUUAAAUUAAUAAAGUUAUUUUCUGAAACUGAA